AUGUUUGUCCAUAUUUCAUGUAGAUUCUCUUCACAAAAGUAUCUCGCCACCCUGGACUUAUCAAUUGACUACUCAGGUUGGCAUUUAGUCACUGUGUUUGCGGGUUCACCAAUGGCUUUGUUGGCGAACCGCCUCGGCGUCAAAUGGUGCAGAGAACCGAUCGUCUACAAUCUUCUGCCCGGCCAGAUGUCUCAGCACUUCUUUGUUGAUUCGAGGAGUGGUUCAGUUUACGUGAAUAGUACCCUUGACCCAUCCGUAUUCCUGCGAACGAGCACACUCACGGUAGGCCUCCGGAACACGAACUUUUGA